AACACCUUCACGACAAAAACAACCUUUUUGAGGUGAAAAUGGGACCACGUUUGCUGCAUGGGACUCUUCAUGCUACCAUAUAUGAAGUUGAUAAGAUAAGGGGUGGCUGUGGUGAUUGUUGUGGCCCGACUGCAUCUCCCCAGAAAGUAUCAAGAAGAUUUCUAAACAAUGUCAAGAAAUUGUUCUUUUGUGCGCCAGAGAUUUCUGGUACAAAAUUCUAUGCAACAAUAGAUUUAGAUAAGGCAAGAGUUGGGAGGACCAGAAUCUUUGAAAAUGACCCUUCCAACCCUCGGUGGUAUGAAACAUUUCGUAUUUAUUGUGCACAUGAGAUUUCUAACAUCAUUUUUACAAUAAAAGAUGAGAAUCCUGUUAGCGCGACACUAAUUGGAAGAGCUUAUCUUCCUGUUGAGGAAGUCUUGAAUAGAUAUGUAGUCGAUAGAUGGGUACCAAUAGUAGAUGAAGACGGCUAUCCAAUAAGUGGUCGUUCAAAAAUCCAUGUAAGGUUGCAGUUCUUUAAUGUUAAACAAGACAGUAAUUGGUCUAGAGGAAUUAGUUCCGCGGCAUUUGGAGGAGUCCCUUAUACCUUCUUUAAAGAGAGACAAGGUUGUCAAGUUACACUCUAUCCUGAUGCAGACAUCUCAGAUGAUGAUAUCACAAACUAUCUCAAGUCUCAAGGACUUUUCGAACCUCAAAGAUGUUGGGAAGACAUUUUUGAUGCAAUCAACAAUGCAAAGCACUUAAUUUAUAUAGCUGGUUGGUCUGUAUAUACUAAAAUCACCUUGAUAAGAAACCCAAAGAGGCCAAAGAUCGGUGGAGACCUUACUCUUGGCGAGCUUCUUAAAAAGAAGGCGAGUGAGGGUGUUAAUGUUCUCUUGCUAAUUUGGGAUGACAGAACUUCAGUUGAGGUCUUAAAAAGAGAUGGACUAAUGUCAACCCAUGAUCAAGAAACUGCAGAGUAUUUUAAGAACACAGAAGUCCAUUGUUGUUUGUGUCCGCGCAACCCUGACAGUGGAAGGACUGUAACUCAGGGGUUUCAGGUUGGUACAAUGUUUACUCACCAUCAAAAGACUAUUGUGGUAGACAGUGAAAUUCCAGGAGGGAUGUCACAGAAAAGAAUGAUAGUUAGCUUUCUUGGUGGUAUUGAUCUUUGUGAUGGGCGAUAUGACACUCGUGAACACUCCUUAUUCAGGACAUUGGAUACAGUUCAUAAACAAGAUUUCCAUCAGCCUAAUUUUCCAGGGUCUUCAAUCGCGAAAGGUGGUCCAAGAGAGCCCUGGCAUGACAUUCAUUGCAGGCUAGAAGGACCUGUUGCUUGGGAUGCCUUGUAUAAUUUUGAGCAAAGGUGGCGAAAACAGAUUGGAAAUAGAUUUAUCUAUUCUAUGACUGAGCUUGAUAAAUUUAUUAUUCGUCCAACAGAGGUUACAGCAUCGAAGGAUAGAGAAACGUGGAACGUUCAGAUAUUUCGAUCCAUUGAUGGUGGUGCUGUUGUUGACUUCCCUGGAAAACCAGAAGAAGCUGCUGAAGUAGGCCUUGUUACCGGCAAGGAUAAUGUCAUUGAUCAAAGCAUCCAUGAUGCAUACAUUAGUGCCAUUCGUCGAGCUAAGAAUUUCAUUUACAUUGAAAACCAAUACUUUGUUGGAAGCUGCUAUGGUUGGAAACCAUCAGAAGAUAUAAAGCUCGAGGACAUCGGAGCUUUGCAUCUUAUCCCAAAGGAGCUCUCACUUAAGAUAGUGAGCAAGAUUCAAGCAGGAGAGAGAUUUACAGUUUACGUUGUUAUUCCAAUGUGGCCAGAAGGUAUACCAGAAAGUGAUUCAGUUCAGGCAAUUUUAGAUUGGCAAAGAAGGACAAUGGAAAUGAUGUAUACAGACAUAUGUAAUGCCCUUCAGGCUAAAGGAAUUACUAAUGCUGAUCCUAGAGAUUACUUGACAUUUUUCUGCCUUGGCAACCGUGAAGUCGAAAAGCCUGGAGAAUACAAACCUCCUGAGAAACCAGAUCCUGAUACUGAUUAUGCUAGAGCUCAAGAGUUCAGGCGUUUUAUGAUCUAUGUUCAUUCAAAAAUGAUGAUUGUUGAUGAUGAAUAUAUCAUAACUGGAUCCGCGAACAUAAAUCAAAGGUCAAUGGAUGGUGCAAGAGACUCAGAGAUCGCUAUGGGCGGCUACCAACCAUAUCAUCUUGCAGCUAAUCAACUACCAAGAGGAAAAAUAUAUGGUUUUCGAAUGGCAUUAUGGUGUGAGCAUCUGAACUAUGCAGAUGAUUCGUUUGUCGAUCCAACGAGUCUAGAAUGUGUUAGGAAAGUAAAUGGUAUGGCUGAUGAGAGUUGGAAGCUAUAUUCUAGUGAUACAUUUGAUUUAGAUCUUCCAGGCCACCUUCUUAGCUACCCUAUAAAUAUUUCAAACACUGGACAGAUUACAGCAAUUCCUGGAUUUAACUUCUUCCCAGACACAAAAGCUUCUGUUCUUGGCACCAAGUCUCAGUUACUACCACCUAUCCUCACUACAUGAUGUAUGUACACUUCUAGAAUGAUACCAACCAAGAACAUGUAAUAUCUGUAAAUGUGACACUUUGGAAUAA